AUGCAGCUCUUAAGUGAAGAUCGUGUAAAACAUGAUGAGUCAAAGUCCAAGAGAGUGACACUUGCAGAAACCGUGUUUACUCACGAAACCACGGUGAGCUUUUACAACAUCAGCUACAAAAUGAAAGUGAAGACAGGCUACAUUUGCUUCAAAAGAACCAUUCAAAAAGAGAUUUUAACAGAUAUCAGUGGGAUCAUGAAACCUGGUCUCAAUGCAAUUUUAGGGCCCACAGGAUCUGGCAAAUCAUCCUUCUUAGAUAUUUUAGCUACAAGGAAAGAUCCCCAUGGAUUGACUGGAGAGAUUUUGAUAAAUGGGUACCCUCAGCCUCCGUACUUUAAACAUAUGUCUGGAUAUGUAGUACAGGAUGAUAUAGUGAUGGGAACCUUGACAGUGAGACAAAAUUUAGAGUUCUCCGCUGCGCUUCGGCUGCCUUCUUCUAUGAGCUUGGAGGAGAAGAAGGAGAGAGUUGACAACAUCAUUGUGGAACUGGAUUUGACUAAAGUUGCAAAUGUCAAGGUUGGCACUCAGUUUACUCGUGGAAUAUCUGGCGGGGAGAAGAAAAGGCUCUGUAUUGGACUAGAGCUCAUUACAGACCCUCCAAUAUUGUUUUUAGAUGAGCCAACAACUGGAUUGGAUUCCAGCACAGCCAAUGCUGUCAUGGAGCUCUUGAAAAGGAUGUCAUUGAGUGGGAAAACAAUUAUUUUUUCAAUCCAUCAGCCUCGGUACUCUAUUUUCAAGUUGUUUGAUAACCUGACAUUACUUGCCGCUGGAAGACUUGUGUAUCAUGGCCCAGCUAACAAAGUUUUGGCAUACUUUGCAGCUCUUGGUUUUGUCUGUGAAGCGUAUAACAAUCCUGCAGAUUUUUUAAUGGAUAUCAUUAAUGGAGACUCUACUGCUGCUGGAGCUUCUAGAGCCAACUUCCACGCUUCAGAACUGGAAAAGCCUGAAGCAGCUGAGAGUAUCGCAGAAACGUUAGCCAAACAAUAUUCUCGAUCUGCUCAGUGUCUAGAAAUCAAAGAGAGAUUGAAGCAGCUGUCUUUAGAGAAUAAAAAAAGAAAGACAUUUUACGAUCUUAUGCCGUACUCCACUUCCUGCUUCCAUCAGCUCAAGUGGGUAUCCAAGCGCACGUUUAAAGAUUUGAUAGGCAGUCCACAAAACUCUACAGCUCAGAUCCUUAUUACAACUGUUCUGGGAAUACUCACUGGCAUUCUUUUUGCGCAUGUUGGAGAUGAUGUCACUGGAAUUCAGAAUAGAGUUGGAGCUUUAUUCUUCUUGACAACCAGUCAGUGCUUGAACAGUGUUACGACCGUUGAACUUUUUAUCUCGGAGAAAAGGAUAUUCAUACAUGAAUACAUAAGUGGUUACUACAGAGUGUCUGCAUAUUUCUUUGCAAAGAUAAUAGCUGACAUGAUACCCAUGAGGACUUUACCUGGGAUCAUCUUCACCUGUUUAAAUUAUUUCACAAUAGGAUUCAAGCCUACGGCAGAAGCCUUCUUUACCAUGAUGAUUACCCUCAUACUGAUUGCCUACACAGCUAGUUCACUCUCUCUAGCAAUCGCAACAGGACAAAGCGUCACCUCGGUUGCCAAUCUCCUCAUCAACAUUUGCUUUGUUCUUAUGAUUCUUUUCUCUGGCUUGCUGGUAAACAUCACGACAAUUUCUCCCUGGUUGCUGUGGCUACAGUACUUCAGCAUCACUCGAUACGGGUUGAAUGCUUUGCAAAUCAAUGAGUUCACUGGUCUGAAGUUCUGCAAGGAUUCUUCAACUGGGAUUAACUUGACCUGCGUCAGUCCUAGUCCAUUUACAAUAUGCACUGGAGAAGAGUAUCUGGCGAUACAAGGCAUCGACAUAACUCCUUGGGGCAUCUGGCAAAAUUACGUGGCUCUCAUAUGCAUGACAGUCUUUUUCCUUGUAAUUGCAUACACGAAGUUGAGACUUCUAAAAAAAUAUACUUGAGUAAGUAAGGAAAACAUCCCUAACUGAGCACUAUACUGUACUUUUAUAGUAAAUGUGUAAUAUCUGUAUAAUAUUGAAUGUUUUGUUUGAUUAAAGCACCCCAACUUCACUUCCAA